CCGUGCAGAGUAUGAAGCGCACCUCCGUGUCGCUGCGGCUCGCAGAGUGAAACAGUGUCAGAGUGAAAACAGCUUCUCCUGCUUCUGUCUUUGCUGUGGAUCGUGUCGCGGCUGCUCGAUCGAUCUGUGUGUGCGGCGGAAAGCAGUCAGUAUGUCUGGAGCUGUGGUGGUUGGCCUUGGCAUAGCAGGCGGCGUGAGGAUCAGAGACAUGUUAGCUCCAUUGGCUGGAAGUCCUGCAGAGAAGCUCCAAGUCAGAGGAUUUGUAUCCAGGAGGAGUGUGGGCACUCAUCAGGGAGUCAGUCAGAUCUCCAUGGAGGAGGCAGUGAGCAGAGAGGACAUUCAGGCGGCCUUCAUCUGCACUGAGAAUGUGUCCCAUGAGGACAACAUCAGAGCUUUUCUGCAGGCAGGAAAACACGUGUGCGUCGAGUAUCCGAUGACCAUGAGCUACAAGACCGCUGUGGAGCUGUGGGAUUUGGCUCAGGACAAAGGUGUGGUUCUCCAUGAGGAACACAUUGAGCUGCUGACAGGAGAUUUCAAAGCACUGAAGAAGGAGGUGGAGGGUAAAAGCCUGCAGGAGGGCUCUCUGCACUUCACAGGUGGACCUCUGAAACCUGGCUUUGGUUUCCCAUCAUUCAGCGGAAUCUCUCGCCUCACCUGGUUGGUUGAGUUGUUUGGUGAGCUGGUCGUGACCGCAGCCGCCCUAGAGGAUGCCGUCAGUAACUACAGCAAGAUGACAGCAAAGCUGCUGACACGGGAUAACAGACCUCUGACGUGGAUUGAGGAACGGGGACCAGGACUUCCCAGAGGCAAGAAAAUCAACUUUCAGUUUGCCACCUGCUCUUUGACUCAGAUACCUCCCUCAGCGGGGGGCACUGGGGGCCUCUUCAUGCAGGACAUGAUCCACUUCUCCUGCAAGAUUCUGGGACAAGUGGGCGUCGAAGACCUGCAGAGGGAGAAGAUCCGUAUCCUGCACUGCUUGGAGCUGGCAGAGAAGAUACAAAAUAUCUGCCAGAAAUAAACAGGGACGGCUCAUUUUUGAAUUUUUAAUAGUUUUUAGCAUAUUUCAGCACAGGCUCUGUAAGUUGUGACGUUUAGUGAAGUAUAACCAGUUUGACAAAGUGCAACUGAUACAUCCAUCUCUCCUCUUCUCAGUCCUUUCAUCCAAACUCUGUCCUCUGAACACAGGAAGUCGUCGUCUAAAGUGGAGCUAACUUGUGCUUUGUCGAAGAGAGACGACCACGACACACACUAGAUUAUUUUUAUUUCAAACAAGUUAAACAACAACAAAUAAUCAACCUAAACAUUAGAGUGUUGCAUUGUGUGUAAUGAAUGAGAGCAUGUUGGGUUACUGGCUUUUGUUUUAUGUUUUUACUUUGCUUUUCCUCUUUGUAAGCGUUGGAUUUAAAUUAUUCCUAAAACAAUAAAAUAUAAAUUACCUCCUCAAA